UUUCAGCAGUAUAUAUUCAUAAUGCGAUCGGUAAACAUCAUAUUGCUGUUUGUGCUAAUCUUGAGCGUUGUUGCUGCUAUGCCCAUUGGGACAAGGCAACGGCGACAGAUUGAUUUGACUGUAUCAGCGGAACACGAUGACAAGGACGAUGAAACGGAGCUGGCACUGGAGGCCAUAGCUGGACUGUGGAGUAGCGCCGAUAGUCGGACGAAAAUCGAUGGAUCCGCUAGAGUUGUGCAUCGCACCAGUGGAAUGCAAACGGGUAACACAAGCUACCAGGCGCGCGUCCAUCUGCGUCAUGAAUAUAAGACCAAUCCGUAUCAAACUUAAUAAUCCCACACACACACACACAAAACCAAGGUUCCGAGCAGGACUGGCGGCUGGGCGUGCGUGUCGUAUUCAGUUAAGGACGCUGGCAGGCGGAGACACAGAGAGAGAGAGCGUGGGGGAACGGAAAACCCCCACUCAAUUAUACAUUUCACAAUUGCGUGCACUGAUGUCAAGGAAUACCGCUAAUGAUAAUUGAUAACAUUUUGACCUUAGCUUUUGAUUAAUAAACAAACAUUUAAGUAAAUUGCAAAA